AUGAGGAAAUCGUGCCCUGCCGGUCCAGGAGACCCGUCCACCCCACAACCGGCCGGCGGAGCUGGCGCGAGCCCCAAGGGCGCGCUUUAUGGCGGGCUCCGCAGCUCAGGGCAGGCCUCGCCCAGCAGCGCCCCUCCGCGGCGGUUGAGCCCCUCGGUUCAGGUGCGCGCGGCCCGCGCCUCUGGCCACCGCCUGCGGCCGCACGCGCAUGCGCGGUUAGCAGUAGCUGCUGAGCGGCCGCCGGCGGGAUUGGUCUGGGGAAGUGCGGGGACCAAGUGGCAGCGACUCGGACAUCUGAGCUGCCACUGCCGAAAACGGGCCCGCCGGACAGGAAGAUGGGAAAUAGAAGAAUUGAAAGAAAACCGAGUGCCCGGUGACAGAGGCCUGGUACUGAAAUCUCGAGCAAAGCAUCAUGCAAUAGCUGCUGUAUUAGCAAAACCCUUCAUUUUUGCUGAUAAACCCUUGAUCGUUCAAUAUGAAGUAAAUUUUCAAGAUGGUAUUGAUUGUGGAGGUGCAUACAUUAAACUCCUAGCAGACACUGAUGGUUUGAAUCUGGAAAACUUUUAUGAUAAAACAUCCUAUACCAUUAUGUUUGGACCAGAUAAAUGUGGAGAAGAUUAUAAACUUCAUUUUAUCUUCAGACAUAAACAUCCUAAAACUGGAGUUUUUGAAGAGAAACAUGCCAAACCUCCAGAUGUAGACCUUAAAAAGUUCUUUACAGACAGGAAGACUCAUCUUUAUACCCUGUGGGUCUUAUCAAAAGCAAAGAAAGAUGAUACAGAUGCGGAGAUUUCCAUAUAUGAUGUUAGUUGCGGCCUGUCCAGCAGCAGUGUUUCCCUGGCUCCUGCUGUUCUCUGUUGUCGCAUCUCAAGCACGGGCAUACCUCCGUCAAGUUGUAACUGCGGGCAAGAUCCUCCUCGCCAGUGCAGAACGGGGGGUGAACCUGAGGAAAAGAGUGAAAAAGAAAUUGAAAUUAUAGAAGGACAAGAAGAGGGUAAUAAAUCAAAUAAGUCUGGAUCAGAGGAUGAGAUGAAAGAAGCGGAUGAGAGCACGGGAUCUGGAGAUGGGCCAGUGAAGUCCGUACGCAAGAGAAGAAAAGGUUACUUGGAGCUCGGACAGACUCCAGAUGACAUUGAUAUCAGGGAUGAAAGUGAACCUGCCCAAAUAGAAGAUUUAAGUGUUAUUAAACCUGAUGGCUGGCUUGAUGAUGAACCAAAAUUUAUUCCAGAUCCUAAUGCUGAAAAACCUGAUGACUGGAAUGAAGACAUGGAUGGAGAAUGGGAGGCGCCUCGUAUUUCUAAUCCAGCAUGUCGAAUUGGGUGUGGUGAGUGGACACCUCCCCUGAUAGAUAACCCCAAAUACAAAGGAGUGUGGAGACCUCCAAUGAUAGAUAAUCCUAACUACCAGGGAAUCUGGAGUCCUCGAAAAAUUCCUAAUCCAGAUUAUUUUGAAGAUGAUCAUCCAUUUCUUCUGACUUCUUUCCGUGCUCUUGGUUUAGAGCUUUGGUCUAUGACCUCUGAUAUCUACUUUGAUAAUUUUAUUAUCUGUUCAGAAAAGGAAAUAGCAGAUCGCUGGGCUGCAGAUGGUUGGGGAGUGAAGAUAAUGGUAGCAAAUGCUAACGAGCCUGGUAUAUUUAAACAGUUAGUGGUAGCUGCUGAAGAGCGCCCAUGGCUUUGGCUCAUUUAUCUUUUGACUGCAGGGCUUCCAAUAGCAUUAAUUGCUUCAUUUUGUUGGCCAAGAAAAUUCAAGGUGGAACUAGAAACAAGAAUUUUUGAGGGAACUUUACUUCCAAAGAAAUGUGAGCUUGGCCUUAAAACAAUGGGCACCAAGCUCAUGCCAGCAAUAAGCGCACUACUAUUUUCACAACUCCCAUAA